AUGAGAGUACUAACCAAGCCCCAGCCUAAGCUAAAGAUCAAUGAGGAGCUUGACCCUGGCUCUAAGGAAGAGCUAAAGGUUGAAGAAACUCUGCAGAAGGAGAAGGCCCUGGCAAGCAAGAAAAUGUUACCAAAAUUUCACCAGAAGUUGCUUCCAGCCAGUCCUUGUUCUGACCCAAACAGAAUCCAGGAACCAGGAGAGGUGGAAUUUGAAACUGAGGAAAAUAAUACAGCAGAAAAGAAAGUAGAGGAAAGAGUGGAAGCUGAGGCAGAAUCCUCUGGUGGAGCUAGUGGGAUUUUUUAUCUACUAAAAGCUAGCAGACUGCUUGGAGAACCUGACUGUGUAGGUCACAAUAAAGCUCCUGCGUCCCCCAAUACACUGGAGGCAGUCCAGGGGUUGCUGCGCCUAGCCAACCUGCAGCCUGUGCCAUCCUCGUCCCCAGCUUCCCGUGUUCAGGCCUGGUGGGCAUCAGGGGAUUCCAGUGGCAGUAGUGGCUCCCCUAAGGAAAAGGGUAGUGGCCCCCUGGCCAGCCAAGGGACUCGGAAGAAGAAGGCUGUCAAGCAACUGGCCAACGACAGCACCGAGAGUCAAGGAGGAGAGGUCAAAACACAUAAGUUGGAGAACGUGGAAAACAGCUUCAAGGAGAACGUGGAAAACAGCUUCAAGGAUAAGGAAUAUAAUUUCCUGGAAUCAAAUGAGGAUCAUUUUGCUUCAAAAUUAAAAUCAAAGAAGAAGAAGAGGAGCGCAGACGAUGUUCCCUGGAUUCCUAAAGUGAGCUUGGAGGAGGCACAAGUGAAAGAAGUCUUGAGCAAGAAGCAAGAAACCCUGAGGACCCUUUCCCUGCACUGCCAGGAGAAAGACACCGAGGCUCUCAGGCAGCUGGCAGUGACUGAGGAACGCAAGAAGAGGAUAACCGAGCUCAGCUCUAACAUCCAGGAAGAAAGACUCAAGAAAAGGAAGCAGAUGAUGGAGUCCAGCCAACCACUAGAGGGAAUGAUGGAGAAGCACAAGAGGGCAGACACACUGUCCCAGGAAAUGAGCAGCAGCAACAGGGAGCAGCUGCUGAUGGAGGAGAGGCGCAGUCAGGAGAAGCCUGGCAGCAUCCAGGCCCAGCUGGGCGCGUUGAGCGGGCCUGAGGGCGGGGCCGAAGCCCCAGCUGCCAGCGGUGUGGAUGCCUUCCUGCGCAGUGCCGAGGCUGCUGCGGCCGUGCAACUGCUUGAAGAAGAAAACAAGAAAACUAUAGAAUUCCUGGAGGCAGCCUCUCUCCAUUAUCGCCAGCUGCAGCAGAAAUACCAGAGGAUGAAGAAGCAGCUGGAAGCUAUUGGCCACAGAGGCAUGGGAGGGUCUCAGGAGAGAAGCCCAAAGGGGGCUGCUGGAGGGGAAAGCAGCCUUGUUACCGAGGCUGUCAUGGAGAUUCCCCCAAAAGAUCAGCAAGCCAAGCCUGGCAUUGGCCACCCCGCUGGCUCAUCCCAGAGAGAGGUUCACGGGGAAUCGGAGCGCCCGUCACCUCAGUGAGACGAAGCUUUGUCUGCACCGCGCUGGAGACCCUUUGCCUUGUAGUUUGGCCUCCCUGA